GGAGCGGCCACAAAGCGCCGCCGCCCGCCUUCCUCCGCACGCCGCGGCGCUGCCCCUGCCAGCCCCGCUCCCGGGGACGGAGGGCGGGAGCUCCCCUCGCCCCCUCGUCACCUUCUCGCCGCCCGAUCCAUGGGAGGAGCGGGCCGCCUCCCCCUAGGAAGCGCCGCCGCGGCUCGCCGGGACUGAGCGGAGCGGCCGGCGGCCGGCGCAGCGGGAGGAUGCCACUGCUGCGGAAGGUGCUGCGCGUCUCCAACCGCUCCAUGCUCGCCUUCAUCUUCUUCUUCUCCUUUUCCUCGUCCUGCCUCUACUUCAUCUAUGUGGCCCCCGGGAUCGCAAACACGUAUCUCUUUAUGGUGCAAGCUCGUGGUAUAAUGUUGAGAGAAAAUGUAAAAACAAUAGGACACAUGAUAAGACUGUACACUAACAAAAAUACUACACUGAAUGGCACAGAUUAUCCUGAAGGAAACAAUUCUAGUGACUGUGUUGCUCAAACAACAAUGUAUCUUCCAGAGAACUUCACCUACUCUCCUUACCAGCCUUGUCCAGAGAAACUGCCUUACAUGAGAGGCCUUAUUGAUGUUAAUAUGAGUGAAAUUAGUUUUGAUGAAAUUCAGCGACUGUUUUCAAAAGAUUUAGACAUUAAACCAGGAGGACACUGGAAACCAAAUGACUGUAAGCCACGGUGGAAGGUGGCUAUCCUUAUUCCUUUUCGGAAUCGUCACGAGCAUCUUCCAAUUUUUUUCCGUCAUCUGAUACCAAUGUUGCAGAAGCAGAGGCUGGAAUUUGCCUUCUAUGUUGUUGAACAGACGGGUACACAACCUUUUAAUCGUGCAAUGCUCUUUAAUGUUGGCUUCAAAGAGGCUAUGAAGGAUGCUGUCUGGGACUGCAUAAUAUUCCAUGAUGUGGAUCACUUACCUGAAAAUGACAGAAAUUACUAUGGAUGUGGAGAAAUGCCACGCCAUUUUGCAGCAAAGCUGGACAAGUACAUGUACAUCCUUCCAUACAAUGAGUUCUUUGGUGGUGUAAGUGGCCUCACAGUGGAACAAUUCAAGAAGAUCAAUGGUUUUCCAAAUGCCUUUUGGGGAUGGGGUGGAGAAGAUGAUGAUCUUUGGAACAGGGUUCAUUAUGCUGGAUACAAUGUAACGAGACCAGAAGGUGAUUUAGGGAAGUACAAAUCCAUUCCUCAUCAUCACAGAGGAGAAGUCCAGUUUUUAGGACGAUACAAACUUCUGAGGUAUUCCAGAGAACGUCAGUAUAUUGAUGGGUUGAACAAUUUAGUAUAUACUCCUAAAAUACUUGUCAGUAGAUUGUAUAAAAAUAUAACUGUUAAUCUCCUACCAGAACUCGCUCCUGUUAGAGACUAUUGAUGGAAGUGGAUUGGCAAGAAUCCUACCAGAAUAAACUUUUAACACUGGAAGCUACUGAUAAACACUGUAAAACAAAACAAAACCAACAAACAACAGCUUAGAAUUAGAGUUUUUUGACCAACUGAUGAUGCAUAUUUGGGAUGAGAAGUGAUUGUAUGUACCGUGCGUUUUGAUCUGAAAGAAAAGCCAGCAGCUACCACUCAGAUGUUUACAGCAUGAGACUACUGUUCAAGCCUUCAUUCUUCACACUCUCUAUCUUAACUUCUCAACUAUUUAAACUGCAGAAACAGACUUGUAGCUUCUCUGGAAGUAAGGACAGAGGCCUCUUCCAGGAAUUUUUUUAUACUAAACUGCCCCUCCUCAUAUUUAAAUGAAUGCUCUUGUUUCUUUUUAAAAUGUGUUUUGUAAAUAUGUGAUGUAAAUUAAUGUGUGUACAUUGCUUUUCAAUUGUUCAAUAUUUUAUGCUUCAGUAUGUAUUUGAGUGUGUUCUUGUUUGAUCUCUAUAGAAAUGUUUUUAUUAGCAUGAAAGAACAAGUGUAAAAUGUAAGUAUGCUUAUAAAAAGGUUAUACCUUAUGUGAAAUGAAGGAAAUAUUAAUUGUUGGCCAGCUAUGACUGUAAACUGUUAUACUAGUUUUGAGCUCUAGGCCUUCUGCAUAUCUAUUUAGAAUAAUCAAAUUCUUAUAUAAACCUGCUAGAAAGAAAGCUUUUGAUUUUAUUUAUUGCCAGUAAAAUUGUAUGAUACCCUG